UGGGGGCCCUAAUUCAAACUCUUCUUCGGCUCCGCCUUCUCUUGUGUAUUGUCGGGUUUCCGUGGAGACAGCGGGGCCUACCGGGCCAUGGAGCCGCGACUGGUGGGCCCCGGGCCCUACCGGGCAACCCGGCUGUGGAAUGAGACCAUUGAACUCUUUCGUGAAGGGAUGCCAUUACGGAGGCAUCGUAGUCUUUUCAAAAACUAUGAGUGUUGCUUCAAAGCCUCAGAGGCAGUAGACUGGUUACAUGAGCUGCUCAGAUGUAACCAAAACUUUGGCCCAGAAGUGACACGUAAUCAAACAAUUCAGCUGCUUAAAAAAUUUCUGAAAAAUCAUGUUAUUGAAGAUAUCAAAGGACGAUGGGGCAAGGAAGACUUUGAGGACGACAGUCAUUUAUAUAGGUUUCCUCCUUCUUCACCACUGAAACCAUAUCCAACAAGGCCUCCAUAUAGAAAGGAAGUAAUUAAAAUUCCAGACUGGAAUGUUCCUGAAGCAGGCACUUCCCAAGAACACAUCCCAGUAAAGCCUCUCAUGAUGAAUUCUGAAAUGUGGUUCAAACGUCACAGUAUAGCAAUAGGAGAAGUACCAGCUUGCAGACUUGUGCACCGCCAAGAAUUAACACAGGCAAAUAUAGAAGAGAUAUGGAAAUCCAUGAUGCUAUCACAUUUGCAAAAAGUUUUGGGCCUGGAUUCUGUGGAUGAAGUAUUGGAUACAAAACUUGUGAACCCAAAGCAUAUCAUCCACAAUGUGUACAAUGUCAAUAAACAGGGCAUCGUCAUUUUGGAAGACAAAACAAAAGAGCUACCUCAUUGGGUACUGUCAGCAAUGAAGUGUCUAGCAAAUUGGCCCAGUUGUUCAGAUUUGAAGCAACCUUCGUACAUAGGAUUUGAAAGAGAUGUCUUCAAAACGAUAGCAGACUACUAUGGCCAUAUGAAGGAACCUCUACUCACAUUUCAUCUUUUUGAUGUUUUUGUCAGUGUGUUAGGUCUGCUGCAGAAAAACAAAAAGGCCAUUGAAGCACUUCGGGUUUCCUGUCUUCUGCUGCCUCCGGAAAAUCGGAAAAAGCUGCAACUACUGAUGAAGAUGAUGGCAAGGAUCAGCCUCAACAAAGAUCUGCCACCUCUUUGUGACACAGCUGGGACCAGAACACUGAUGGUUCAAGCGUUUUCUCAUUGCAUCCUCUGCUCUAGAGAUGAAGUGGAUUUGGAUGAACUGCUUGCUGCUAAACUAGUAACAUUCCUGAUGGACAAUUGUCAAGAGAUCUUGAAUGUUCCUUCCUCCUUACAGACUAUCAUAGAGGAGCAUGUAAUACAUCUCCGAAGAGUCCAGAUAAAAUAUGCAGACGCUGAUACUGAUACAACUCUUCCUGCUCCGUCAUUCUGUCGCCAAAUCAGUACAGAUGAAUUUGAAUACCAAAGAGUAAAUGGCUCUCAAGAACCACUGGCAGCUCUGUUGGAAGAAAUUACAAUGAAUAAAGAAAUAUCUGUCAAAGACAAGAAGAAGAAGCUGAAGCAGUUUCAGAAAUCCUACCCUGAAGUGUAUAAAGAACGAUUUCCUACUCCUGAAAGCGAGGCAGUGCUGUUUCCGGAAAAAAAUAAACAGAAACCACAACUGCUGAUGUGGGCAUUGAAAAAGCCUUUUCAACCAUUUCAAAGAACCAGAAGUUUUCGAAUGUAACAUUUCUAGAGUCAUUAGUGAACUGUAUCUCAGUAUAUUAGUGAUAGGAUAGAUCUUGUGCAAAUGGAACCUAAACAGCAUUUAACUACUGGAAAAACUUUAACUACUGAAACAGCGGGAAAAGGUUGUAAUGGCAAAACAUUUUGGAGGGGAUGUUAUAUUGAACCAUUAUCAGUAUUUUUGUCAUUGGCUAUUUUUAAUGAUUUGUUACUUUUAAGUACAAGAUGGGUAAUCAUUCAUAAUGAUUGAUACGGAAAAAAUUCUUUGCUUUUAUACUUCUAGUUGUCAUUUCAAGUCUUAGAUGUAUUUUUAUGUGUAUAUUUCACUGUCUUGUUUGUCACUGGUCAACAGCAUUUUUUCUGAAAAGGAGUAUUAUAUUUGUUUAUAGCUGGCAUGCCGGAGGGAUUAAAACAUUGUACAUACUUGAAUGAACUUGAAACACUGGAUCUUGUACUGAAUUGCUGACUCUGUCUCAGGUAGUUGCCUUGAUAUAUUUUAUAAUGCUGAUUUCAACAGUGCCCUUUGUUUCCUCAUUCACAUGCUGCACUGGGGCCUGAUCCAGCUCCUAUUGAAGUUCCAUUGACUUCAUUGGUGCGUGGCCAGACCUUUGAAAACUCGCAUGAUCUUGCUAAAUAUAGCUGUACAAAAUUAGUUACUAACAGGAUGGAAGUUACACAUUUUUAUAUGAAAAUCAAAUGCCUUAUAUUUUCUGUGAAAAGGGAGGUAUUUACGGCAAGGUCAAAAAUUAAAUAAGAAGUAUAGAUUUUAUUUUUAAUGAGGAUGCAUUUGUUCUCAAUAAUGAAUUCUACUGUUCUACUGUAUACAUUUUGGUUGUACUUGAACUGCAGCACUUCUAAUGUUUUCAGUUAUUAAAACAAAACUUUUUAAGGUAAUUCUCUGGAGGCAGUGGGUUUCAUCAUAGCCUUCAUAUCUGUAAUGAGCCACAGUUCUGAAACAUUUCAGAGUGAAAGAGUUGAGUCUGAAUCUCCACAGUGGACUCUAUAGCAGGUUUGAGGGUGGUUUAAAAACCUUGAUCAAUUUCCCACUUUGAAGGAAUAUAAAAUGGUUGGCUGUAAUCUAGCCUUCACAACACUCUCUUGCUUUGCAAAUGUGCUAAUUAAUCAAAUUCAUACCAGGAUGUGCAUUAAAAGGUUAUUGGUUUAACAGAGUCAAAAAAAAUUUUUUUCUGGCUUUGUGUUUUUGCUUCAACACUGUGAUCCCACAAGCUCUCUUUCCCUUCUCCUUUGUCUCAUGCAUUAAUCAUUCUUGGACAGGAACUGAAACAACCACUCAGCUGACUUCCAAAGAGAUAGGAAGAUUUUAUCAUGAAAAGGCAUGGUCACACAUGGAGGAGAAAGGCCAGGAUAAGAGAAGAAUGGAAGACAUGUUAUGAUUGGCACAAUCUAUAUGAGGGCUGAAGGCCCGAUCAAUCAAGGUUAUUUAGAGAGUGGACUUUCCCUGUCUGAAACAAAAAUGUAUCAAUUUUAGCUCUAGUUAAUCUUGUUUUACUAUUCAAGCCUCUUGGAGUAAUUUCUUCUCCUUCCCCAUAAACUUGGACAGAUUAACAUGUAACGUUUUUAAUUUGCCAUAUUCUCUAAAGCUUACAUGCAAAUGAUGAACUUGGAAGAUACAACUAUAGUCUUCUAUAAAAUUUCCAUUGGUCUGUUCUUCCCUCUUCAAAUACUGAGUAAUCCACUAAGUAUAAGGCCCAAGCCCAGGUGAUUAUUCCACUUAUCCAGUUGGACAGAAUACUUUUCAGGGAUAGUAGAAACACAUUAUAAGGGUUUGUGGGUAACCUUGGCGGAGCAGAAAUCAUUCCAUAUGUAAUGUAGAUGCCUUAUUCCCUUGGCAGCAGGGAUAGCUCUGUGCCAUUGUCCUAUGGGUUUUCUUAUAGAGCUGUGUAUUGCCCUGAUUUUCCCCUUGGCAUGAGCAGUCAGCCAAUAUUGAGGGCCUAUCAGGUUGUUUCCAUUAGAAAAAGAAAAUGAGGUUAAACUUUAUAUAGCUUAAACUUCAGCUCAUGCUUUGCUAUGGUGGCCAGUACCGUGGCACGGUGGUUUCUGUUUCAUUUAUCCCUGUACAAAGGAACAUGUACUAGUUCUUUCAUUUAUCCUGAAUGCAGAGUGCUAUUAUUUGAGAGGUAUGAUGGACACAAAGAAUAUUCAAAGACAAUUUCAUCUACUUGGUAAAUGUUAUAUGCCUCUUUAUGGGCUAAGGGAUUGUGUUAUGGUUCCACAGGAAAGUUUUAUGGGUUUCCUGCAGGAACUAAAAUCACUGGAGGCAAUUAAUGCAAAUCUGUAGGCUGGUAGCAAGCCUGGAGAAGCCUCUCCCCUUAGGGAAAAUUGCACAGAGAGGUAUGAUGUGGUUUAAAAAAGCAUAGCAAACAAAGAACUAAGAAUCGUAUGAUGUGACCAGCCUGCCAGAGGAAGGGAGGUUACUCUCACCUAAUUCACAAACUGACAUGAGACUGUGAUCCAGAGGGACUUAGCCUGCAAGACAACCUGAAAUACUUUUAAGCCUGCCUCUCUAUCCGUGAAAGAUGAUUGCCUGUUAAGUAAGA